AUGCUGAUCUGCCCAGUCCAUAGUCAUGUAGAUGUGGAAUUCCUUGGUCAUGUACUCCACUUGCUGCUUGGUCAAUCUGGUAAACAUGCACAUGCCAAUCUGGUUGAGAUUGUGAGUCCAGUCGCCUGGUGUUUUCCUGGCUUUCAACGCAUCGAACAGCUGGUGGCGCAUGCUGAUGAUCCGCCAUCGCUGUCAGCUCCACUUUCAAGUCGUCGUACAGAGCGGGGCUAUGAAUUAGAUGAAGAAUUAGAUGAAGAAUGCAUCCUCUACACCUGCUAUGUCCACAUUCUAAUCCUGUGUACCAUUCCCUGCAUCAGCUAA